AUAAUCAUGGCGACUUAUAGGGCUUGCGUGCCGCUCUGGAAUUGCCUAACAGUUUCCUGGGGCGCGGAACGAGUCUGUUUCCGCUCUCGAGUCCGGCUUCGGUUCGGAGGACUGCCCCAGCCGCUUCCCGGACACUGCGGAGCAGGGCCGCCAUGCCGCCAGCUCGGUUCUGAGGCCGCAGAGUCUGGUAGCUCAGAAAUGAAGAAACCUACAUUUAUGGAUGAGGAAGUCCAAAGCAUACUCAUCAAGAUGACAGGUUUGAAUUUGCAGAAGGUUUUUAAACCAGUUUUGCAAGAACUGAAGCCACCAACCUAUAAGUUAAUGACCCAGGCACAGUUGGAAGAGGCUACAAGACAGGCAGUUGAGGCAGCUAAAGUAAAAUUAAAAAUGCCACCAGUUCUGGAAGAGCGAGUGCCAAUAAAUGACAUAUUGGCUGAAGAUAAGAUUUUGGAAGGAACAGAAACAGUCAAAUACGUAUUUACUGAUAUAUCAUAUAGCAUCCCACACCGGGAGCGUUUUAUUGUCGUCAGAGAACCAAGUGGCACGCUACGCAAAGCCUCUUGGGAAGAACGGGACCGGAUGAUACAAGUUUAUUUCCCGAAGGAAGGUCGUAGAAUUUUGACACCAGUAAUUUUCAAGGAAGAAAAUCUUAGAGCCAUGUAUGGCCAGGACCGGUAUGCGGAUGUCCUCAAUCUCUGUGUUGCCCAGUUUGAGCCAGAUUCCACUGAGUAUAUCAAGGUUCAUCACCAGACCUAUGAAGAUAUAGACAAAUGUGGAAAAUAUGAUCUUCUGCGUUCAACAAGACACUUUGGUGGAAUGGCUUGGUAUUUUGUAAAUAAGAAAAAGAUUGAUGGUCUGCUGAUUGACCAGAUUCAGAGAGAUUUAGUCGAUGAUGCCACCAGCUUGGUCCAGCUCUAUCACAUGAUCCAUCCGGAUGGCCAAUCAGCUCAAGAGGCCAAAGAACAGGCUGUGGAGGGAUUAAACUUAAUUAAGGUCUUUGCAAAGACAGAGGCACAGAAGGGACCGUAUAUAGAAUUAACAUUGCAGGCUUAUCAAGAAGCAUUCAUUAGUCAUUCUGCAGCUUCCUGAAAGGAAAGUAAAAUUUCGCUUUAUAAUUCAAGAUUUCUCUUUGUGAAUAUUGAACUGAAUAUUUUUAAAUGUCAACAUUAAAAGGUACUGAGAUAUA